UCCGGACGAACCGGGACGACACCAUGAAGUUGUCCGUCCUCCCCUUCCUCCUCCCGUGGCUGUCCUGCCCGCUGCUGCUGCCCAGCAUCGCCGCCGCUCCAAACGAGUUUGUGUCUUUGGCCGAAAUGGAGGACGCCUUGCUCAAGAACCUCUUUCAAGGUUACCAGCGGUGGGUCAGGCCCAUCCAGCGCGCCAACGACACUGUUAGAGUGCGCUUUGGACUCAAGAUCUCCCAGCUGGUUGAUGUGGAUGAGAAGAACCAGCUUAUGACCACUAAUGUCUGGCUCUGUCAGGAGUGGAUCGAUUAUAAACUGCGGUGGAACCCAGACAAAUACGGUGGAAUCACAUCCAUCAGAGUUCCCUCAGAAAACAUCUGGCUUCCAGACAUCGUCCUGUAUGAAAAUGCUGAUGGGAGAUUUGAGGGCUCCCUGAUGACCAAAGCCAUCGUGAAGUACAAUGGUGCCAUCACCUGGACGCCGCCUGCCAGUUACAAAUCCGCCUGCACCAUGGACGUUACCUUUUUUCCGUUCGACCGCCAAAACUGCUCCAUGAAGUUCGGCUCCUGGACCUACGACGGCCACAUGGUGGAUCUGGUUCUGAUGGACCACCAGGUCGAUCGGAAAGACUUCUUCGAUAACGGGGAGUGGGAGAUUCUCAGUGCCACUGGUGCCAAAGGGAACAGGAAGGAUGGCUUGUAUUCCUACCCCUUCAUCACAUAUUCCUUCAUCCUGAAGAGGCUGCCGCUGUUUUACACGCUCUUCCUCAUCAUCCCGUGUUUGGGUUUGUCUUUUCUGACCGUCCUGGUGUUUUACCUGCCGUCAGAUGAAGGAGAGAAGUUGUCGCUGUCCACCUCUGUCCUCGUGUCGCUCACUGUGUUCCUCCUGGUCAUCGAAGAAAUCAUACCCUCCUCUUCCAAAGUCAUCCCCCUCAUCGGAGAGUACCUGCUCUUCAUCAUGAUCUUCGUCACCCUCUCCAUCAUUGUCACCGUUUUUGUCAUCAACGUGCACCACCGCUCCUCGGCCACCUACCACCCCAUGUCGCCGUGGGUUCGAAACCUCUUCCUGCAGAAGCUUCCCAGGCUGCUCUGCAUGCGAGGACACACCGACCGCUACCACUACCCGGAGCUGGCCCCCGAGAGCCCCGAGCUGAAGCCUCGCUCCGGCGGCCGGAGAGGUGUCCAGAGGACAAGCAGCGGAACCCACGGACAGACGACGUCCGAUGGGAAGGAAGACGAGGUGUGGGCCACCAUGCUGGAGAAAGCCAUCUACUCAGUGCGCUACAUCAGCAGACAUAUUCGCAAGGAGCAUUUCAUCCGGGAGGUGGUACAAGACUGGAAGUUUGUCGCCCAGGUAUUAGACCGGAUCUUUCUGUGGGCCUUCCUCACUGUUUCAGUUCUGGGAACCAUCUUAAUCUUCACACCAGCUCUGCAGAUGUUUAUGAAAAUCCCUCCUCCAACUCCAACUGAGGAUCCACCUUCACACUUGUAAUAACAAAGACAACAGACGACCUGCCUGU